GUCACAGAAGCGCAACCUUCACAUCAAAGGCAAAUUCCUUAGUCUUUCCAUAUAAUGGCGCCUGAAAUAUCGCGGCAACGCCCCCGAAAAGGGAAAACACAACCUGAGAAGAAGCCAGAAGCAGCAAGCGAGUCAGAUUCGGACGAUUCGCAGAGCAACGACGAAGCGCAAGAGCAGUCCGAAGAUUCUGAAGAAAUUGAGGAGCUUCAGGAUGAAGAGAGCGAAGUUGAUAAAGAUGACAUGGAGCUGGAGCUUGAGAAGCUCGUGUUUGGCGACAGCGCUGGCUUUAGAGAGGGUCUCAGGAGCUUUGAUGUGGACAAGAAAGGCUCGGGACUAGACGUAGACAUGUCUGCUGCUACCGAAGACGACGGCGAUGACACUGCUGAACUGGGAGGUCUUGCUGACGGCGAUCUGUUUUUCGUGGACUCUGGUCCUGCGACUCAAGCAGUAAUCCCCAGCGCGCAGGCAGACCUUGGAGCUGCGGACCAAGAUAUCAAAGAGUCGGCUGCUUGGGAAGAUAGUGAUGACGACAGAAUCAUGGUGUCAAUCGCUUCGGUGCCCAGAUUAAGAAAGCUAAGGAUAACAGAAGCAGAGGAUGUUAUUAGUGGGAAGGAGUAUUCAAGAAGACUCAGGAUGCAAUUUGAGCGCUUGAAUCCACCACCUGAUUGGGCACAUCCACCAAAGCAAUCCAAGAGGAGGAGAAAGUCACAAACAGGUGGCUCAGAGACGGAUUCUUCGGACGAUGAGAUGGAUGUAGACGAGGAGCUCUCUGCACAGCCCCUUGCGAAACUGCUUCAAGAUUCAGACGCCCUCACUAAAGGACCGAACGGUAGAAACACCAAGAAACGCAAAUUGGCAGCAGAAAAGAUCAACAUCUCGCGAUUAAAAGACGUCCCUGGCGAGCAACCUUCCUCUAUAUCGUCGCUUUCAUUUCAUCCAACUUAUCCCCUCCUCCUUUCCUCGGGAAUCGCCAAAACAGCUUGGUUGCACCACAUACUCCCGUAUCCUCCCCUGCCGAAUCCUCUCGUCACCUCACUCCAUAUUCCUGGACAACCCCUCGACACAGUCUCCUUCCAUCCCUCACCUACCGACACCCGCGUCUUCCUCUCCUCCCGCCGCCGCCACUUUCACAUCUGGGAUCUUCCCUCUGGCAACAUCACCAAAGCCAACCACGCUCUUUCCACGGACCGCGAACAGCAAACCAUGGAUCGCUUCAAGAUCUCGCCCUGCGGCAAAUAUAUCGCCUUUGCAGGGCCCAUCACAAAAUCCUCGGGCGCAGUAACGAUUGUCAGCGCCAUUACAUCCCAACUCGUCACUCACGCACGCAUCGAGUCCUCUCUCGCCGAUUUCGCUUGGUGGGCCGACGGAUCUGGUCUCAGCAUUGUCGGCACAGGCGGCGAAGUCAGCGAAUACUCACUCCUAGACAGGCGCUUCACCGCAGUCUGGCAGGACGAAGGCGCGCUGCACAUCACCACCAUCGCCCUUGGUGGUCGCAGCGGCCACGACGACUUCUUCGGCGGCGACAGAUGGAUCGCCAUCGGCUCCCGCUCCGGCAUCGUCAACAUCUACGACCGCACCGCAUGGCUGCCAGGCAAGCAGCAGAAACAACAGCAAAAACAAAAGCAACAGCAACAGCAACAUCGACCCGCACCGUCAAAACCCACUGACUCGCAUCCCACCACGCUCAUCCCGCGCCGGCCCACGCCCAAGAAGUCACUAGAUAAUCUGGUCACGACGAUCACGUGUCUGGCUUUCGCGCCGGACGGGCAGGUUCUCGCGAUGGCGUCGCGUGGCAAGAAGGAUGCGCUGCGACUAGUGCAUCUGCCGAGUUGCAGCGUCUUUCAGAAUUGGCCGACGCAGAAUACGCCGUUGGGCAGAGUCACGGCCCUGGCGUGGACGCACGGGAGUGUGCUUGCGGAGGGUGAGGGCGCGGGCGAGGGUCGCGGCACGGGCUUGUAUGUGAUGGCGGUGGGGAAUGAGAGGGGCCAGAUCAAGUUGUGGGAGGUUGGGUUGUAAUUAGUAGUCUUUGUGUCUUGUGUCCUGUGUGUGUCUUUGUUGUUGAUCAUGUUUUAGAAGAUGAUCAGGGAAGACUGACAGGGUGCAGUUGAAAGCCGGCCCUUGAUCACAUGACCGAGAUUGCAUUCACAUGCCUUCCAAGUCAUUGUUCUCAUGCAAGGUACGCGUGAACCCUUUCAAGAAAGCUUGUGAACGUGGACGUAAUUACCUCUAGCUGGAGGUGAGGUUUAUAGUCACGUGUCAUAACUGGACAACGUCCGCAUUGGGGAAUCUAAAUAGUCUACCAUUUUGCACGCUGCAUGCGGCCAAUAUAUAAAACCGAGAAGAAAACGACAUAAAA